ACGCGAAACCCCUCGGCGAGUGGAUGGUUGAGCAGCUGAAGCCAUCGGAAGGCAAUCGCGACCCAGUAUUUCAACCCUACGUCUUCAAUUGCAGCGAGUUCCGCUCUUUCGUGUGACUUCUUCCCCGUAUCCGAGAUCGGAUUGCAGAGUUGCGAAUUAGAGUGUGUGCGGAUUUCAGGGCACGAGUGGCAAAAAGUGUGGCUUCUUGUGGCAAAGAAUAGAGACAAGAAAUGGGCGAAUAGGUGGGCGGAAAGAUGAUGGAAGGCAGAAAGAAAAAUUACACAGUUUCUUGUGUGCAAAUCUCAUUUGAAGACUUGGUGACUCGACGACGGAAGUGAUUAUAUGUGACGCGUCUUCCUGCCACUGUUCCUCCCCUUCUGUGCAAAAGAGGUCGAAGGUUCGAUAAACUAUACUCAAAGGGGUGGCGCGACGAAAAUUCGCUGAAGUUUUCACUUUUCAAUUCACGGGAGACGACAGAGUUCCUCUAGAGAGGGAGAAAGAAAAAAAAUCUUGAAAAAAAAACAAGAGGCGCGCUGGCGGCCAAAAAAACCCAAUGAGAAAACAUGAAGAUGUAAUGGGAAAAUAAAAAUGAUUGCUGUACUUUUGAAUUAUCUGCCAGUGGAUUAUUCUCUGUGAAGAGGACGUGAGAUAGAGAAGAAAUAUUCGCAAUAAAUGAAAUAAUAAGAGUGGCACUGAAGAGGAAUCGCAUAUGAAAAAUAUACUGGAAAAUUCUCGCUUCGAGCUCAGUGUCUGCGGGAGUGUAAAAUAAUAAUAAAAAAGAGUGAAAUAGCUGAAAUAACUCAAGUGUAUCAGAUUUUAUUUCCUUUUGCUAUUCUCUAUACAGCAAACUCUCAGGGCCUCAUUGACGAACUGCUUGGAGAGCGUCUUGGUCUGGGUAAUAUUUUUUUCCCACCCUCGAGGGGACAUUCUUUUGGGGUGGCAAAAGAAGUGGAUGAUUGCGAUAAAACACAGAGAGUGGUGAAAAAUAAUACAGUGGGAAAAUAAUAAAAACGACGAGGAGGGCGAAUCUGAAUGGAUAAUUGCGGACAAAGGAGCCACUAGAGAAAUGCCAUUAACCCAAUUACUCGUCGUCGCUGUUCUGCUGACACUCCUCGACGGCCUGGCCGGAGCUGGAUACCGAAAAUGUCCAACAGAAUGUGCCUGCAGUUCCGAUAUCAAAGGACGCCACCAGACCGUCUGCACAGGAGGCGGAAUGAAUGAGAUUCCUGUGACGUCAAUCGACAAAGACACUCAGGUGAUUGUGAUCCGAGGCCCCAGGAAUCACAUUAGCAUCGGUCCCAUCUUCAAUGACUUCCGCUACCUCGAGGUGCUGCGAGUCACAGACUCCCUGGUGCCAGCCAUCGGACAGCACACCUUCUGGGGCGUUGUGAAUCUCAAGGUGCUCGAUUUGAGUCGGAACAACAUCACCAGCAUUCGGGAGGACAAUUUCAGGGGUCAAGACAAUCUGCUGGAAUUGGACUUGUCCGGGAACAAGAUCGUCCGGAUUCCGAGUGCUUCGUUCAGAUACUUGAACGAACUCCGAACGCUGAAUCUGGCUGAGAAUUUCCUUGAAGAGCUCGUUCCACGACAAUUUCUCAACCUGGCCAGCCUCAAGUGGCUGGAUUUGAGCGAGAAUCCUCUGGUGGAUCUCAAGCCGGAGGUUUUCAGAGAUGUGCAGGAACUGAAAGUUUUCCGAUGUCGCCGAUGUCAGCUGAAGACAGUGAAUCCCAUGCUGUACUCCUUGCUUAGGCACCUCACUGAACUCGAUUUAGGAGACAAUCUGUUCAGAUUUUUAGACAAGGAAGAGUUUACGUAUCUGAAGCGCCUGCGGACACUCAAGUUGGAUGGGAAUCAGCUCUCAGUACUCGUGGACUAUUUGUUUGAGGGCCAGAGGAGCCUUCAGCACUUGGACGUGUCACACAAUCGCAUCGUGAAGGUGUCAAGCAAGUCCUUUGAGAACCUCAACAAUCUCACCCACCUGGAUCUCUCGUACAACAAGCUGAUGGGCUUGGAUAUGGACACAGUGACGCCCCUAACCAGCCUCAAGGUACUCAACAUAAGUGGUCAUCUGCAGCUGGAUCUAGUCGAGAGCAAAUACGCCUUUCAGUUGCUGGGCAGCCUGACGACGCUCUCAGUGGCUGAGAUGGGAUAUCUGCCGGCCACUCUCCUGGACAGCGUUCCGCACCUGCGGGAUCUCAACAUCUCAGGCAAUCACCUCAACGACGCCAGUCUGCAGAUGCUGGGACGCGUGUCUCAGCUGCAACGUCUCGACUUGUCGCGGAAUCAGAUCAAGGGCAUCGAUAUGCGCAUCGUGAACCUCCUGGUGAAGAUGCAGGACGUGGACUUGGCGUAUAAUCCCAUCACCUGCGAUCGAUGCCACAUGGGCGCUCUCAUCGACAGGGCUCACACGCUCAAGUGGAGCAAACUUCCCAGUUGUUUCCUGCCCGAGAGCCACAGAGGCACACAAAUUUCCGACAUUGAUGGCGCCGGACUGGACUUCUGUAUAUCUGUGGACGAGGAGGAGGAUGAGGACACGAAUGCCGCAAGCACGUCUCGGAACAUCCUCAGUCAAGGCAGCCUCAAUAUUUUAGCCCUAAUAGCGGGAUUAGUGUUCAUCAUCCUCGCGAUGUUCAUCCUGAGCAUCGUCGUGUGCUACUCACGCCACAGGGCCAGAUACUACACUCACGAGGACAAGAGAGAUCUCGGCGCCACGGAGAAGAGCAUCGAUCCUCCGGCCACGAUCACCAGCAACGAGAUCAACUUCAAGUUCCCCAUCGACGAUCACGUGUGCAUCACGGACGAACUGUGUCUGCCACCGCCGCCGCCACCGCCCAGCAAGCAGGCGCCGACUUUGGGAUGAGUGGAGCCGCGUCCCGAGGACUCGGGCGAGCUGUUCAGCUUGUGAGUUAGACAUUCACGUGAUAUGUUAGCUUCUUAAGAGGGCAUCACGGGGCGCGUCUCUCCUGUGCGGAGAAUAUCACACAGCGUUUUCCAAGGAGGAGCAAUUUUCGCAGAGGGGAAGAAAUUGGUGGGAGAAAUGCAAAAAUAACGAUAAUAUUGGAAUGUUUGCGCCAUCUGUUCAGUGAUCGUUUCAGCUUUAAUUUAGUCCAUACAAAACUCUGGGUGUCACAUUUCCAUAAUCACUGAGAGUGUUAUUUGCAAAUAUUCCAACAGUCGCAUUAUGCAUUUUAGAGACUCUGCAGAGAGAUGCCAUAUUAGAUACAUCUACAUAAUAGAAAGCCAAAAAGGUUUCAUCCGGCUUGAAGGACCAAAAAAUAUAUACCACAAAUGAUGAGUAUAAAUUUCUUCCUCAUUAGCCAGAGACGAAGACCCGCCGAGAAAAUUGCUUCUCAAUGCGUAUCUUAACCAAAGUCUGAGCCACUUUUUUCCUAGGAUUGAUGCCCCCAAAUUUUCUGUAUUUGUAAGUGUAUGAAAUUUAUGAUGACUAUUUACUUUUCCUUCACCCCUCUUCCUGACAUGUGUAUUUUUUGAGCAGUGGUAAUUACCUUAAUUGUAAUAAUUUUCUACUGUGGAGGUUUUUCGUGUUGGAUGCUCUCUUGUUUCACGGCAUUUCAUUAUCCAUCUCUAUCAUUUUCAAUGGCUUUUGUAAUUAAUUCAGCUCCGUCGCUUGAGCCGCAGAGGGGAAACCCUCAAAAUUCUCACUCAAUUUGAGGUGCACCUCCGGAGGAGCGAAAAGGAACUGCGGAGUAUGAUUUAAUGAAUUGUGAGCUGAAUGCCAUCACACUUUAUUGUUAUUGACACAGAGCCAGUUAGGCAAGAAGUGGAGUUAAAAGGAAAGAGAGUGGAUUUUCCCGCAGGUGAAAUAUCAAACUAAACAUAUAAAUAAUAGUAGUAAAUGUGUAGUUAUAAAGAGGAGAACUUUGACAUGAAAAUGGCUGAGUGGAAAAAGAGAGAGAGAGAGAAAAGCUUGAAGACAUUGAGAUGAGAUGUAAUGAUGAUAAAAUAUAGUUGUAGAUGAAGAAAAGAGAUUCAAUUGGAAAAAAAUGAAAAAUUAUUGUUAAUUGUUUGGUGCCUUUUUCAAAAGAAACGACGAUGACUCGCGCGAGUAGGAGAAAAAUGUUGAACCAUCACGACCACCACCCUUAACCACAUUCACACAAGCUCCAACCCUGACUAACAGGGAUGAAAGGGAGUGGAAAAAGCCAUUCACGGGCGAUAAAAGAUCACUACAUGACAAGUAUUUAAAUAAUAAUGAAGAGAGAAAAAAGUACGAGAAGACUUAAUGAAUUAUUAAAGGAAGUCAUUUUCAUCCAAUAGAAGAGAAAAAAAUAUAUAGAAUCACCGUUGUACAUUUAGGAAGGUAAGAUAGUGAGAAAAGUUAUAAGAUAAUAUUUAAAUUAGGAGAUGAAAAUGUACGAGAUUGUAAUUUUAACAACACACUCUUUAGAUCUUCAACACCCAGACUCUCAAUUUCCCAUUUGUGCAGAUAAUUUCCCAUCCGAAAUCCCCACAUCACCUCAUUUCCCCGCGCGCACACACACCGCAUUUUCUUUUUAAUAUGAUAAAUACCAUGUUUAUUUAAACAGAUUAGGAGCGAGACUCCUUCUGCUGAGAAGCACGUGAGAUUAACUCUCGGGGGAGGAACAUUUUUUCCCUCUGCCGCAGAGAGUGAAAAAUUGUAUUAUGUAAAAUUUAAGUGUGCUGAAGACAAGUUUACUGUAAGAAUUACACAGACAUAAAUUUUAUGUUGAAGAAUGGGCGAAAUGGAGUGGCUCGUUCUGUCUUUUUUUUUCUAGGUGACAAACCAUGAGAUUAUACUUUGCUGUAAUAUGGAUUUAAGUCUAAUAAAGAAUACAU